AUGUCUCGGAGCACCCGCAGCAGCUGGGGGUUCAGCCUGCGAGGAAUCGUGAAUCUCGUCCUCAAUGCCACCGGAGUGGCAGCAAUUCUCUGGUGGAGCGUCGCCAGCUUUCGGCUACACAAUCUCCAUGCGCCCAGCGGUUCCAGCGAGGACGAUGCUGUGGCCCUGGAAGCUCCACGAGUCGGCAAAGGUGGCAAAGGGCACCGUCCGCCGAAGAGAGCUUACGAGCCGCAACCGGCAAGCGAGAACGCCGCCGAUGGCAGCAAAGAACUGCCAGAAGUUGACGUCCACCCUUCAGCAGCCACCCCAGCCGCACCCCUGGGAGAUGCGCAAACUGCGCAGACGGCUUCUCAAGAACCCUUCUGGGUGUAUUGUGCUGCUCAGUGGUCGGACUGCUGGUGCCCAGGCGACAUUCGCUGGGGGAACGAGGAGACUUGGCACCUCGUCGCCGCCAAACCUGGCAGUGACAUCAACACAGUCACGUGUAGUAUCCAGCACCUGCCUGACAACGUCCCGGGAGAUGAUGGCAAGCAUUGCCAAUGCCUGGUUACUCCAGGAACGGAUUUCCAUCGCGCGAUGAACCCGAUGCUAAUGGAUGAGGCGGAUGCAGAUGCCAUCGGAGCAUCAACUGUUGCAUCUUGCCAGCUCUUCUUCGCGGCACGAAAGAUCGGGCCGGCCGACAAAGCCCAGUGGCUCGCCACGGAGGGCCUUUGCUCGGAGGCUUGGGAGGAGAAGGCCCACUUGAAUCGCUCCUACAAGGCCGGAGCGCGGCAGAUAAACGUGGACAUGCGGCAGCAACUGAUGCGUGCGCGCAUCGACGUUCGCUUCAAAAGCAAUUGGGCUCGUUUGCGAGAUUCGGAUGGCUGGUUCAGGAAAGCAUGGGUGAGCUACGUCGGUGGACCUCCAACCUCGCAGUUCGUGAAAAUGGCAGAGGAACUCAUCAAAUCAGUCCAUUAUUUCUCGGAGAACCCGAUCCUCAUGUUCAACUUCGGCCUGUUCACACCGAAAAGCUGGACCGCAGAGCGCUUCCCACAGCUGGUCGUGCUUCACGCAGCUCCUUUGCCAAACGAGCCGCGUAUCAGAAGGAGCUUUAACUUCAACAAGCUGCGAGCCAUCUUGAUGUCACGUGCCUUGAACGGAGUGGAAGUUGAUGUGGACCAGUUCGUCGCGCCAGGAGCCGACCGCUUGUUCAGCUUGACAAGCAAAUGGGUGAACAAGGAAUAUUCGUUUCCACUGAUGCCCGCCCACUUCCUGGAUUGGAGUAUCAAGGAUCAGCCGGCUGCGCCCUGGUGGCCGCGAUAUUGUCCAGAUCCAGACAAGCCUUGCCCGAUGCAGACCAUGCGAUGGUGUCAUGCACAUCCGACUUGGACGCAUUGGGCUUUGCCGUUCUUCGGCAGAUGGGUCCGCCGCCACUUUCGUGACGAGCGCUUGCCAAAUGUGACGGUGAAGCACUUCAAUGCAGCAGGGCUCAGAGUUGGGGACAUUAACGAGGAUGAAGACCUGCUCAAUGUCGGGCUUUGGGAGGAACGAGCAACGAAACAGUGGUGCAAGAUCGACGUGCCGGCGACCGUUGAGUUCGACUCGCUGCUGUCGUGGGUGCAGCACCAUGGCAAUCGGUGCAUGGAGGGGAUUGGAUGUACCAACAUCGGGGGUGACAAGCGCUGGUACAAAAAGGGCGUGCCCAAAGUGUACUGGACAGCGCAUCAUGCCGUCGAUCCAGAGCAGACCGCAACGUAUUUGGAGCGCAUCCGCAAGCGCCACCAGGAGGGGUUGUGGCCCGCGGCCAUUGUCUACGAGCAGCGCUUUUGGAAGUCUGGCGAGGAGCUGAAGAAGGAGCAUCCUGAGCUUGCUUGUCUGACCUGA